AUGAUAUUGUUUCGUAAAUUCAGAGUGUUUAUACUUAUGGUGUUUUUAGUAGCGUGCACCAUGCACAUCAUGAUAGACUUGUUACCGAAACUAGAGAAGCGAGCGGCGGGAGCGGACAGCGCGGACGGCGGCUGUCAGUGCGCUCACCACCCGGGCGGGGAGUCGCAGGGCUGGGGGAAGCAACGCGCCAGGUCGGCGGCUGAAGCGGGCUGGCCUAACAAGCACACGCUGAGAAUCCUACAGGAUUUCAGCAACGAACCGAGCUCCAACCUCACAUCGCACUCCCUGGAAAAGAUCACGACCGCCGCCGGGGACAGAGCGGAGUUAUUCAGGCGCAGUAGACCGUUGGCGGGGAAGGCGGAGGACCACAAGCCGCUCAUCGGAGACGCGAGCGGGGGUCGGACCGUCCCUGCCCACGGUGUCUCCCGACUGUCGGCUCUGUUUGAGCAUCCUUUAUACAAGGUUGACCUUCCUCCCCUCGCGGACGAUGACACUUUGUUUAACGUCAACACCGACAUCAGGUUUUAUCCCAGGACAACAAGGAACCAGGGAUGGAACAAUGAGGAUGGGAAUGAAGAGGAGGAGGAGUUCUCUCCAACAGGAGGGGUGACGGCAGAAUCUUACCCCAACUGGUUACGUUUCCACAUUGGCAUCAACCGCUACGAGCUGUACUCCAGACACAAUCCUGUGUUGGAUGCCCUACUGAAGGACCUGGUCACACAGAGGAUCACCAGCGUAGCCAUGAAAUCAGGAGGCACCCAGCUAAAGUUGAUCAUGACUUUCCAGAACUACGGACAAGCGCUGUUCAAGCCCAUGAAGCAGACCCGGGAGCAGGAAACCCCUCCAGACUUCUUCUACUUCUCCGACUUUGAGAGGCACAAUGCUGAGAUUGCGGCUUUUCACUUGGACAGGAUCCUUGACUUCCGGAGAGUGCCCCCGGUGGCAGGACGACUCGUCAACAUGACAAGGGAGAUCAGAGAUGUGACACGGGAUAAGAAGCUGUGGAGGACCUUCUUCAUCUCCCCAGCCAACAACGUCUGCUUCUACGGUGAGUGCUCGUACUACUGCUCCACUGAGCACGCUCUGUGCGGUAAACCGGACCAGAUCGAAGGCUCACUGGCAGCCUUCCUGCCAGACCUGAACCUGGCCAAACGCAAGACCUGGAGAAACCCCUGGAGACGCUCCUACCACAAACGCAAGAAAGCAGAGUGGGAGGUGGACCCAGAUUACUGUGACGAGGUUAAGCAGACUCCUCCGUAUGACCGAGGCACUCGACUGCUGGACAUCAUGGAUAUGACCAUCUUUGAUUUCUUAAUGGGCAACAUGGAUCGACAUCAUUAUGAAACCUUUGAGAAGUUUGGAAAUGAUACCUUCAUUAUUCACCUAGACAACGGAAGAGGGUUUGGAAAACACUCCCAUGAUGAGCUGUCCAUCCUGGUGCCUCUCAGCCAGUGCUGCAGGGUGAGGAAAUCCACUUACCUGCGUCUCCAGCUGCUGGCCAAAGAGGACUACCAGCUGAGCUCCUUAAUGGAGGAGUCUCUGCUCCGCGACCGACUGUCCCCUGUCCUCAUCCAGCGUCACCUCCAGGCCAUGGACCGCAGGCUCCGGCUUGUGCUACAGGUCCUGGCGGGCUGCAUAGAGAAAGAAGGUCACGUUAAUGUCGUGGAGGAGGAUCUAGCUGGGGACACAGCCACCCACAGGAGCCCAGGCCACAGGUAGUGAGGGCGAGACUCGAGGGUGACAGAAACCACCGGUGACACAUGAAAAAAUGGACCACGUCUGUGGAUACUCGACCAAUGGGACUGCACCAAAAGUCCCACUUCUGAUAUCAAGCUGAAUUCAGUGAAUUCCUAGACUUGCCAUCAUUGCCUCUACGGGACCUGCUUUUAAGUGUGUUUUAUAUAGAAGAUAGUGUCCACAGAUACCACGAAAGACUGUGCUUACACUGAGGCUUUGUAUUCGUUAGGUACAGAUGUAUAUUGGUUUUAGGAGCCACUGCUGUUUGUCCUGUUUGUUUUAAAAAUGGAAAGGUAUCAGUUUGUUUGUGUUUUAUUAUAUUAAUACAUAACCAAAUGAGAACUUACACUGACUGGGCAGCAUAUGGUCAGACAAUAAGCUUUAUCAGUUAUCACAAUGUAUGAAAAGUGUGUGGAAGUUUUGAGAUUUUUUUUGUUGUUGUUGUAAAACAUUCUUCAGUUUUCACCUUCUGCGAUCAACCACAUCAGCAAGAAAAAAUUAAGUCAGGCCUGCCACAAACAACCUACAACCAGGAGAAUAAGAGUUUCCAAAUACUGUAGUGUGUAUUCUCUUCUAAUCUGUCUUUAUAAGCUUUUUGUCAUGGCACAGACUUGGAACAGACCGACUGAAAAUGUUAUUACAUACUUCUGGACUGCAUAAAUCUGAGUGCAAGUAUAUUUGAUGCUGUAGUUCAUAUUGUACCUUCACUUUGCCUUAUUCUGAUUUUAUAUCUCUCUUUUUUUAACGUUCCCAUCUACCCUGCAAGUCUUGCUUUCCCCACAGUACAUGUAGUACAACAGCACAACACUUAAGUAGUAUUUUCCAAAACCAAAUAUAAUCUAAAUGCCAAGAGCGCUGUGUGCUGGCUAGAGUUCAAUAAAUGGUAUAUGCCCAAUGCACUACAAUUCUUACAUCCAGACCUGAAACAUUUAAAGUGGUCUGCUAUAAUAUUAAUUUUACAUUUUAUACAAUGCAAAAUGUUACAGCUUGUUGUUUCAUUUUUAUGGGAUAUCAUGUCCAAAUGACUAUUUAUUGGUGCGUCACAGAUAAUGAGAGUGGUUUAAUAAAUUCUACAUUAGUUGGAUUUCAUGUUGCUUUAUAUGUUGGGAAUGUUUACCUUAGGUACCUUAGCAUUGGAAUACUAUUUAAAUUGACAUUCCUUUGAGUACUAUCUUUAUGUUCAGAUGAUCGGGAAAAAAGCUGGUUGAUUUCGGACAUUAAGCUGUGUCCUGAGUCCUGUGCACUGGGUGACCCGGUACCUGUGCAAUGACAGAAAUACAGUACUUGAAUGUUUUUUGGGUUAGCAGUAUGGACAGGAUUCCUAGAACUACAAACAGUGUAAAAUCUGAGUGGCUGGACUCAAGUCUGAGAAGUGAUAGAGGGUUUGAAACGCCUCAUCCCACUACAGGGACAACCUCGGACACUGUUCUUUGGUUUUCAUAUUCCCCGUGUAAAUACCUAUAAAUACUUGGAAGACCUAACGAGCUUCACCGCACAGUGAUUUGCUUCUGUUUUCUGCUAUUGCAUUGUUACUGUGAAGAUCUGUUUACUAAAUGAUUAAAGUGUGCA